AUUUAUUGGUUGACGUAGACGAAAGGCACGAUAAAAAUACUGUGGCGGAUGGGCGGAUGAACACAGGACGUUUUCUGCCGCUAAGUUGCCUGCACCGAUGUUGUUUACGUUUUCGAAAAGUUUGUUUAUUUCUCCGGAAGCCGAUUCUGGUGCAAAUGCAACCAUGAGCAGUGUGGCUGUGCGUGAUUUGACAGAGGUUAUGGGGGAGUGUGGGGGCGUUUGACAUUGGCUGCAGCUGCACCAAGAUCAGAACACCUGUCAGACAUCAGUUCGCCUUGUGACUGCCCACGAAAUUCCAAUGCACUGUCUAGGCGCAGCUGAAAUAGAUUCAACUGAAAUGCGCAUCGCGGACUGCUUCUGCUUGUGAUGCAGUGAUGAGUGACAGUGAUGAUACGGACAUCCUGCUAUUGAUUCCACCAGACUUCUUCCUCGUUGAUUCUUCUGACGCCGAUUCAGUCAGUCAUGGAGACAAUCUAGCUGGGCGAACUGUCGUAAAUGAUCUUAUUUCUCAUGUGAAUGAGCUAGAAGACAGAAUUGCACAAAUUGAAAAGAAGGACACUUCGUUCUCAAAAUUGAAUGAUUCUACAAGUUCCGUUUAUUCAUCCCCAAGUUCAAAUUUGAUGAGACGGGAAAUGAACCCCUCAAGCAGACAUCUUGGAUCUGAUUCUAGUCUUAAUUCGAGUCCCUCUAGAAGAGUUACUCGACAUAACUCUUUGCCACCCACUCCCAGCAGCAGCUACCGCUCCUUAGCACCAUCAUCAAGAACAUGGGGACGUAACUAUUCCAGUCCCUCUAAAGUGGUUCCCAAAACCUACAGGAAUUUUUCUGAUGAUGGUUGGGAAAAUUUAGGACGAGAAAAACCUAAAGGAAAUGAGUUGUUGAGUGAAGUAGACACGUUCUUGGAUGGAUUAAAGCGAGACAGUGCUGCCUCAAGAGCAAACAAGGAUAAUGACCUUGUUGCAGGAGCUUUACCUCCCUCACCUCAAAAGAGAGAUUCAGCGAAUGGAGUAGCUCGACUUCAGUUGGAUGAAGUUGAUCGCUUAUUAAAAGAAGUAGAAGCAGAACAGAAAAAUAUUGAAGCACGAUUGGGAACUCAUGAUGCUCCCGAAGUCCGCCGAAUUGUCCACAAACCAGGUGAAACUAUUGGGUCUAUACCUGACCUUGGUUUUGGUGUGCGUGAGCAUUGGAAGGAUGUGGAUCGUUUCCUUGAGAAGGAGAGGAGUCAAAAGCCUGUGGACCGUUUCCUUGAGAAAGAGAGAUACCAGCCACCCAUCGAAGAACCAAUCGCUACUACUCGUAAGCAGUAUCAACUCGGAGAAAAUGUGGGUUCCAUUCCAGACCUUGGGUUUGGUGUGCGAGAGGCAUGGGCUUCUCCAUCCAAACAGUCUAAACCAGCAGAAUCCCUUGGUGAACCCAUUGUGGAGCAGAUUGUCUCUCCCCAAACUGCUACAAUGCUCCAAUCUGAGAACAGUCCACUUCCAAGGCAGUCUCCCAAAGUUUUUGCUUCGAGGCGUAAACUUGAUUUGGAUUCCCAUGCCAAACCGAAGGCACAAAUUGAUGACGUGCCCUCACAUGAACAUCACCAAGUAAUGUCUCAUGAUUCUUUCCCAUCAAGUGCAGAUCAAGCUGCUGUCAGAAAUAGGAGGUCUGCUCUGCCCCCAACAGGGUCAGUUUCACAGGAAGAAAUUGUGCCAUCCAAACCUCUACCAAGUCUUGCAGAGCUGUGGAGUGAUGGAGAGCGACCAGCAGCCAAGAGUACAGCUGACACAAAACUACUUCAAAAGUAUGAAGAGGAACGCUGCCGUCGUCAACACUGUGAGCAACUGGUCCAAGCACUUCAAACUAAACUUCUGGAAUCCCAACAAAAGUUAGCUGUUGCCGUCCAAGUUGAUUCGGACAAAGAUGCAGCAAUAGCAAAGUUACAGGGUGCGUGGAAUAGCCUUGCUGACCACUGGCGGUCUGUGGAAGACCAACGUCAUGGCCUAUCCAAGCAGCUCCAGGACCACAAGUUGAGAAGUGAGAGUCAGUUGAAGCAAAUGCAGGAGAAAAUGGAACGUUAUGAGACUGAGCUAUCUAAAGCCCUUGAUCUAGCACAUGGCUACAAAGAGCAAAGUGACAAUGCGGAACGGGUUCAUAGUUCACAAAUGGAACAACUGGCAACUAAAGCUCAUGAGCUAGAACGAAGGCUAGCCGCAGCAACUCUUGCCUGCUCUGAAGCUGAGGAAAGAGAAGAGCUUCUUCGAGCACAAAUUAAUGAGGACCAUGAAAAGCUGACCAAGCUACAGGCAGCUAUGGAUGCUGCAACCAAAUCUUUGACUUCACAUGAAGCUAAUAUUGCUGUUUUGGCAGAAGAAAAGUCGACUUUACAGACACGUCUCAAGGAAGAAAAGGCUCGAUUAGAUACUCAACAGCAAAACAGGGACAAGAUAAGAGCAGAACUUGAUGAAUCUAAAAAACGAGAGAGAAAUCUCCAGAGUGAGUUAAAAAAGAACUCAGAACAAUUAGAGAGCAUUAAAACUGAGCUUCAUGACUUCUACCAGAAACAGUUAGAGCGUGUUGUCCGAGAUAAACUGAAAGAAUUCCAAGGUCAACUAGACACAGCGGAAUCAGCUCUGCAGCGUGAACUUGAAAGUCGAGAACGAAGUGUUGCUCAGCUUGCUGCGAGACAACUUCAACAUGUGACUGAAAAGCAUAAACUUGAAGUCUCACUCUUAGAACAAAAGCAUUCUGAAGAGCUGAGACUCAUGCAACUCCAAUUGACUAAGGCCUCCCGUCAGAUUCAAGAAUUGGAAACUCGCCUCGCUGCUCAUGAAAAACGGAGCUCAACAAUUGCUGAGCGUUUGCAUGGAGUUAUGGAAAACCAGUGGCGAGAGGCAUUGAAUAUUAUCAGCAGUCCAAAUGAUAGUAAUGGAAGGUCUAAUGGCAGUUCUGUGAAACCUGAGAAGCCUGGUGUCCGAAAUGAUAAAGGUAAUGACACAGCAUGGAUGCUGGUCCAACAACAACAGAAAUCUCAGAGCCAGUGCAGUAGCAGGUCUUCUGUGGAUGAAGCUCCCUUCAGUCGGGAUGGACAAAUAACUCAUCGAAAUGCAACCCCAACUCAGCAGAUACCAAGCCAAACCGAGGAAAAUGAUGAACUCCGAAAGUACAUCAAAAUGUUGCUGGAAAGAGCUCCUGGUAACCCAGUCUAUUCACCACUUGAUGAAGAAAAGCCUCAGUCUGGAGCAAAAGCGUCGGGAAGUGCUAAUUCUAAUCUGCAGUUGAAACCCCCAUGGAAAUGAAAGUAUUAGUUUACAACGGGUACUAAAAUCUUUAGAAUUCCUAAUGGUUACCAACUAGGUUUAACAAGUGUGCCUUUUAAAGUAAUUUAUAACUUUAAUACCCAAUUUUUGUGAAUGGAUUUUUAUUUUUUAUAGGUAGAUUGAGAUAUUUGAUAAGAGAUAUCAUUUGUAUUUAUUUUAAUUGUUCACACCAGAACAUUCAGCAGUUUUACUACGCAUACCAAGUUUUUAUUCGUGUGGGUUGAAUUAAUUGUGUGACUAACAUUUUACAGCAGAAGAAAUGAGAUAAUAUUUAUUACGUGUAAUUUAAUGUUGUGUAGGAGGAAAGGUUAUUAAAUAACAGCAAAACCAUAAGAUUUUAUAAUUUACAUUUUAUUGGUUAACAGAAACAGUAAAAGAAAGUGUGAGCUUAAAAAUAAUUCCAUUAAAAAAUUUAAAAAAAGAAAAUCAAAAUGUAAGUCAAUAGUUUCUUCUUUUGGAAAAGCACUUUUUAUACACUAUGAAAAG